AUGGUACGCAGUAAAUUCUUCCUGAUCGCUUUUGCCGUGAUCGCAGCCGUGGCUGCUGAUCUCUCCAACGAGUACCUGCCCCCUGUCCAGGAGGCUGUUGCUCCUUCCAACGAGUACCUGGCUCCCGCUGUCGAUACCGUCCUGGCUGAUGAUGGCUACCGUUACAAGACCAACAAGCGUGUGGUGAUCCGUCGUCAUCGUCGUGAUGUCAACGAGCUCUCCAACGAGUACCUGCCUCCCGUUGCCGCUCCUUCCAACGAGUACCUGCCUCCCGCACAGGUUGCCGCCCCUGCUCCCAUCCCAGUCGAGAUUGCUCUCGCCGAUGAUGGUUACCGCUACAAGACCCACCGUCGCGUUGUCUACCGUCGCCACCGUCGUGAUGUCAACGAGCUGCCCUCCAACGAGUACCUGCCCCCAGUCCAGGAGGCUGUUGCUCCUUCCAACGAGUACCUGGCUCCCGCUGUCGAUACCGUCCUGGCUGAUGAUGGCUACCGUUACAAGACCAACAAGCGUGUGGUGAUCCGUCGUCAUCGUCGUGAUGUCAACGAGCUCUCCAACGAGUACCUGCCCCCUGUCCAGGAGGCUGUUGCUCCUUCCAACGAGUACCUGGCUCCCGCUGUUGAUACCGUCCUGGCUGAUGAUGGCUACCGUUACAAGACCAACAAGCGUGUGGUGAUCCGUCGUCAUCGUCGUGAUGUCAACGAGCUCUCCAACGAGUACCUGCCCCCUGUCCAGGAGGCCGUUGCUCCUUCCAACGAGUACUUGGCUCCCGCUGUCGAUACCGUCCUGGCUGAUGAUGGCUACCGUUACAAGACCAACAAGCGUGUGGUGAUCCGUCGUCAUCGUCGUGAUGUCAACGAGCUCUCCAACGAGUACCUGCCCCCUGUCCAGGAGGCCGUUGCUCCUUCCAACGAGUACUUGGCUCCCGCUGUCGACACCGUCCUGGCUGAUGAUGGCUACCGUUACAAGACCAACAAGCGUGUGGUGAUCCGUCGUCAUCGUCGUGAUGUCAACGAGCUCUCCAACGAGUACCUGCCCCCUGUCCAGGAGGCCGUUGCUCCUUCCAACGAGUACCUGGCUCCCGCUGUCGAUACCGUCUUGGCUGAUGAUGGCUACCGUUACAAGACCAACAAGCGUGUGGUGAUCCGUCGUCAUCGUCGUGAUGUCAACGAGCUCUCCAACGAGUACCUGCCCCCUGUCCAGGAGGCCGUUGCUCCUUCCAACGAGUACUUGGCUCCCGCUGUCGACACCGUCCUGGCUGAUGAUGGCUACCGUUACAAGACCAACAAGCGUGUGGUGAUCCGUCGUCAUCGUCGUGAUGUCAACGAGCUCUCCAACGAGUACCUGCCCCCUGUCCAGGAGGCCGUCGCUCCCUCCAACGAGUACUUGGCUCCCGUUGCCAACGACGUUGAGGCCGCUCCCGCUCACAUCUUGGCAGAUGAUGGCUACCGGUACAAAACCCACAAGCGUGUUGUGAUCCGUCGUCAUUAA